AUGUCUACUAAUGAAAGUAAUGUAACACAAGGUCCAAUUGAAUGGUUUCCUGGUUUACAAAUAGCUACUUGUAUAUUCUAUAGUAUUAUACUUAUUGUUGGUAUUAUUGGCAAUAUACUAGUUAUUGUUAUUGUGAUAAGAUAUCGAGAUAUGCGUAAUGCAACAAAUCUUCUGUUAACAAAUUUAUCUAUUGCCGAUCUAUUUUUGUUGAUAUUUUGUACAGCAGAUGGUUAUCAACAUUUAUUUGGAAAAGACGAACAUCGAUUAGGAAAAUUUAUGUGUAGUUUCGGUCCAUUUAUUCAAAAUGUAACAUCAACAUGUUCUGUACUGACAAUUAUGGCAAUUAGUUAUGAAAGAUAUGUUGCUAUUUGUCAACCACUUAAAACAUCGACCCCUUGUUUAGCUCUAUUUCGAACAGUACCAACAGUUAUUUUAUUUUGGCUUAUAUCUUGUUUAAUUUCAAUUCCUUUUUAUAUGUAUACAAAUACUAAACUUGCAGAAACAAUAUAUGACAAAAUAAUUGAUACAUGUUUUACAGAUUUUCCUGAGCGUUGGGCUAAUAUAUAUUUAAUACCGUCUACAUUAUGUCUCUAUUUAUUUGUUUUUUUAAUGCUUUGUUAUUGGCAUUUUUCCAUAUGUUGUAUAUUAUUUAGUCGUGAAGCACUUUUACGUGACAAUACAAUUUUAACCAGAUAUCGUCGUCAAGUUGCCCAAUUACUUAUUGCUUUAAUAAUAACUUUCUUUAUAUUAAUUUUACCACAUAAAAUCUGGAGUAUUAUACAACAACGAUUAACUAUUGAUGAAUUUUAUAACAUGGGUUUUCAACGUCAUGCAUUUAUUAUUAUUACAACACGCUCAUUAUUAUAUCUGAAUUCAGCUAUCAAUCCAUUACUUUAUUCCGUCAUGUCAACCAAAUUCCGUCAAAGUUUUAUUUUGUUAUGUGAUGAAUGUCGUCGAACAACAAGACCUCAUCAUGCUGAUGCUGCAUAUUUUUAUAAAGGAUAUACAGCCAAACAAAUUAUAGGAUCUAAUCGACUUCCUGGUGGUGGUGGUACUAUAUCAACAACAGGAAAAAUUUCAUAUCAUCAACCUAACGGAAGUCAACUUCAAGAAAAGAAAUCUUUACUUGCAGAUAAUACACCAACACCAAUAACAGGAAUUCCAAUAGAAGAUACAAGAUUCUUUUUUCCAGAAACUUUAACACCAAUAACAGGAAUACCAAUACAAGAUACAAGAUUCUUCUUUCCAGAAUCCUUUACUUAA